AACACUGGCGGCCGAUCCCAACGAGGCUCCCUGGAGCCGGACGCAGAGCAGCGCCCUGGCCGGGCCAAGCAGGAGCCGGCAUCAUGGAUUCCUUCAAGGUAGUGCUGGAGGGGCCAGCACCUUGGGGCUUCCGGCUGCAAGGGGGCAAGGACUUCAAUGUGCCCCUCUCCAUUUCCCGGCUCACUCCUGGAGGCAAAGCGGCGCAGGCCGGAGUGGCCGUGGGUGACUGGGUGCUGAGCAUCGAUGGCGAGAACGCGGGUAGCCUCACACACAUCGAAGCUCAGAACAAGAUCCGGGCCUGCGGGGAGCGCCUCAGCCUCGGCCUCAGCAGGGCCCAGCCGGUUCAGAGCAAACAGCAGAAGGCCUCCGCCCCCGCCGCGGACCCUCCGCGGUACACCUUUGCACCCAGCGUCUCCCUCAACAAGACGGCCCGGCCCUUUGGGGCGCCCCCGCCCGCUGACAGCGCCCCGCAGCAGAAUGGGUGCAGACCCCUGACAAGUCAACAGCCGCUCCGACCGCUGGUCCCAGACGCCAGCAAGCAGCGGCUGAUGGAGAACACGGAGGACUGGCGGCCGCGGCCGGGGACAGGCCAGUCGCGUUCGUUCCGCAUCCUUGCCCACCUCACAGGCACCGAGUUCAUGCAAGACCCGGAUGAGGAGCACCUGAAGAAAUCAAGCCAGGUGCCCAGGACAGAAGCCCCAGCCCCAGCCUCAUCUACACCCCAGGAGCCCUGGCCUGGCCCUACCGCCCCCAGCCCUACCAGCCGCCCGCCCUGGGCUGUGGACCCUGCGUUUGCCGAGCGCUAUGCCCCGGACAAAACGAGCACAGUGCUGACCCGGCACAGCCAGCCGGCCACGCCCACGCCGCUGCAGAGCCGCACCUCCAUUGUGCAGGCAGCUGCCGGAGGGGUGCCAGGAGGGGGCAGCAACAACGGCAAGACUCCCGUGUGUCACCAGUGCCACAAGGUCAUCCGGGGCCGCUACCUGGUGGCGCUGGGCCACGCGUACCACCCGGAGGAGUUUGUGUGUAGCCAGUGUGGGAAGGUCCUGGAAGAGGGUGGCUUCUUUGAGGAGAAGGGCGCCAUCUUCUGCCCACCAUGCUAUGACGUGCGCUAUGCACCCAGCUGCGCCAAGUGCAAGAAGAAGAUUACAGGCGAGAUCAUGCAUGCCCUGAAGAUGACCUGGCACGUGCACUGCUUUACCUGUGCUGCCUGCAAGACGCCCAUCCGGAACAGGGCCUUCUACAUGGAGGAGGGCGUGCCCUAUUGCGAGCGAGACUAUGAGAAGAUGUUUGGCACGAAAUGCCAUGGCUGUGACUUCAAGAUCGACGCUGGGGACCGCUUCCUGGAGGCCCUGGGCUUCAGCUGGCAUGACACCUGCUUCGUCUGUGCGAUAUGUCAGAUCAACCUGGAAGGAAAGACCUUCUACUCCAAGAAGGACAGGCCUCUCUGCAAGAGCCAUGCCUUCUCUCAUGUGUGAGCCCCUUCUGCCCACAGCUGCCGCGGUGGCGCCUAGCCUGAGGGGCCUGGAGUCAUGGCUCGGCAUUUCUGGGUAGGGCUGGCAAUGGUUGCCUUAACCCUGGCUCCUGGCCUGAGCCUGGGGUUCCCUGGGCCCUGCCCCACCCCCCUUAUCCUCCCACCCCACUCCCUCCACCACCACAGCACACCGGUGCUGGCCACACCGGCCCCCUUUCACCUCCAGUGCCACAAUAAACCUGUACCUAGCUGUG